AUGGGUCUUUUGACUUUGGUAGAAGAUCGGCCUACGCCAGCAUGUGUCUACAAUGCCCGCGUAUACUUCUGCGCAACUGUAGCUGCGUUUUGUGCAGUGAUGAUUGGAUAUGACUCCGCAUUUAUCGGAGGAACAAUUGCUCUUCCAUCUUUCAAGAGUGAAUUCAAUUGGUCACAAUAUUCAGCCGAUGAAGCUCUCCUUAUCUCCGAAAACAUCGUCUCACUCUAUCAAGCUGGUGCUUUCUUCGGAGCUCUCUUCGCUUAUGCAGCUGGUCACUAUUUGGGUCGUAAAAUGGGUCUUCAAGUGUUCUCCGGUGUCUUCGUUGUUGGCGCUGGAAUGAUGUUGGGCGCCAAUGGCGAUAGAGGUCUUGGAUUAAUUUACGGUGGUAGAGUUUUGGCUGGUAUUGGUCUUUCGCCUCCUGCUAUCAGAGGACGCUUGGUCGGACUGUAUGAGAUGGGAUGGCAAGUUGGUGGCGUUGUUGGCUUCUGGAUCAACUAUGGAGUCUCAACUACUAUGCCCGCAAAUCACAGACAGUGGAUCAUUCCCUUCGCCGUCCAAUUGAUCCCUGCCGGUCUCAUGUUCGGCGGACUAUUCAUGAUCAAAGAAUCUCCAAGGUGGCUCAUGAGCCGUGGUGAUCGAGCAACCGCCCUCAAGAACCUCUGCUGGAUCAGAAAACUUCCUUCAGAUGAUAUUUACAUGCUCGAGGAAGUAUCCAGUAUUGACGCUGCUCUCGAACAACAACAGGCCACUGUUGGACUCGGCUUUUGGCAACCUUUCAGAGCUCUCGGUAACGAUCGCAAAGUCAUGUACCGUUUUGCUCUCGGCUGCUCUCUCUUCUUCUGGCAAAACACAUCUGGUAUCAACGCCAUCAACUACUACUCUCCUACCGUCUUCAAGGAGAUCGGUGUUGUCGGUACAAAUGCCUCGCUCCUCACCACAGGUAUUUUUGGUGUCAUCAAGGCAGUUGUCACACUCAUUUGGCUUUUCUUCCUCAUCGACAACUUUGGCCGUAGAAAUCUCCUCAUGUAUGGUGCCUUUGCAGGAGCCAUCUGUCUAUACUACGUCGGCGCCUAUAUUGCCGUUGCAAACCCUUCUGCCAAUCCUUCUACCACUCUUUCCGCAGGUGGUAAAUCCGCCAUGGCAUUCUUUUACCUAUGGACCGCUUCCUACACUCCCUCAUGGAACGGUACCCCAUGGGUCAUCAACUCUGAGAUGUUCCCCCAGCACGUCCGUACACUUGGUCAAGCAUUCGCAGCCGCUAGCAACUGGUUCUUCAAUUUCUUGGUUGCUCGUUUCACAGCACAAAUGUUCAAAGCUAUGGGAUGGGGUGUUUUCAUCUUCUUUGCUUCUUUGAUGAUAUGCAGUAUCGUAUUUGUCUUCUUCCUAGUCCCUGAAACCAAGGGUAUCCCAUUGGAGAGUAUGGAUAGACUCUUCAGCUCCGAAUUGAAGGCCAGACAUGCCCAUGGCGUUGUAUUAAGAGAAUUGAAGGAAGACGAAGAGGCGUUCAGAAGAAACGUAGAAGGAAGUGGAAUUGGAUUGGACAAGGAAGGAAACGAGAAGAGUGCUCAAGUCGAAGUUGUCUAA